AGUGUGGGCGGUGUGCAGUCGGAUGUUGAUAGGCCUUGCUGCUAGGCUCGAGUUGUGGCUGCUGCCCGCUGCCGCUAUCACGCUUCCUGAAGUCUCCACAUCUUGCUAGAACUUUCCUGCUACUCUAGAAACACUGUCCACAUCCACAGCAAACCCAUGGCAACCGAACGCAUCUUUCCCGAUAGCUUCAUUGACGAAGAUCCACAGAAAGCUCUGGAGGCACUUAAUGAGGCCUUGCAAGGAGACUCAGACAAUGCUGAGUGGUUUUGCCAGCGUGCUUAUGCCCACAUACUUCUGAAAAACUACAGCAGUGCUGUUGCUGAUGCCAAAAAAGCACAGCAGCUACAACCCAGCCUUCCCCUUGCUUUCUUGCGAACAGGAAUAGCAGAAUACCACCUGAACGGCUACGAGUCAGCACAUGCAGCUUUCACUCAGGGACACCAACUGGAUGUUUCUGACAAAUCAUUUGAGAUCUGGAUCAAGCGGUGUGAGGAGAUGAUGGGAGAGCAGACGCAGAUCGGCAGCGGCAACAUGCAGACACCAGCGGUUCCACCUGUGAAACAUGACUGGUACCAAACAGAAUCUCAAGUCAUUGUCACAGUCAUGGCAAAAAAUGUACCCAAGGAUGGUGUGUGUGUCAACUUCAUGGAAAGAGAGCUCUCUGCCACGAUACGGCUGGCAUCUGGGGAGAACUACACCCUCAACCUUCAGCUCCUGCACCCCAUCGACCCCCAACAGAGCAACUUCAAGAUCCUCACCACCAAGGUGGAGUUCAAGAUGAAGAAGACCGAUGCCAUCAGAUGGGAGAAGCUGGAGGGAGAAGGACAGGAGUCCAACAUCAAACACUUCAAUCCUAAUCAGUACCCAUCAUCAUCCCACUACGCCUGCAAAUGGGACAAGAUGGUGGUGGACAUCAGCGAGGAGGAGAAAAGUGAGAAGCUGGAGGGAGACGCAGCGCUCAACAAGCUCUUCCAGCAGAUCUACUGCGAUGGCUCAGACGAGGUCAAGCGAGCCAUGAACAAGUCCUUUAUGGAGUCAGGUGGUACAGUCCUGAGCACCAACUGGAAAGAUGUGGGCAAGAGAAAAGUGGAAAUAAGCCCACCGGACGAUGCAGAGUUCAAGAAGUACUGAGCACCUCCCUCCUUCUGUCUUUGUCCUUUCUCUUUCUCCCCUCUGUUUGACAUCAUCUUUCUUCACAUUUGUCCAUCUGAACUCCAGCGGGAGUCCUCGUUGCUCUGCAGUCUCCGUGGCCAUCCACGUCCUCCUCUUCCCAAGCCGUUCUCAGUUGUGCUGUUGCUCUUGUGUUUUCACUAAGUGCAGGGAGCCUCGGUGUGCCCACUUUUACUCCACCAAACCACUCAUGGCCUACUCUCUGCAAUAACUUACUACCAGAUGGGGUCACUUAAUUUGAAUAAUCUGUUUGACUGAGUUAUCAGAGGCCCAUGGACUCAAAAGGGACCUAAGGUCUGGAUUAAAAUGUGACUGACAGACCUGAAAUGCUUCAAUUCAACUUUCAGACCUGGUUUUAGAGCAUCAUUCUUCUUUUCUCUCCGCCUCUCCUGGUUUUCUCAAAACGCCCACAGCCUUUUUAUUUGGGAGCCUUUUCUGACUUCUUAUUAUCACCACUUGUAUAAAAAUGUAAAGUUGUUUAAAAAUAAGAACCAACUGAGAUGUUUUAAAGGGCAACUAUGAUUGCAUUUCUCUUUCUGUACACUCAGUAAAAAGUCAACAGCAGUACUCUGCAAACUGACUUGUCUGGAAUGUGUGUGUUCCGGUCGUUCCCCCAGUGUGAUUCAAGCUUCAGUGUAAAUAAAAGAUUUGUUGUUUGGCUCAUAAA